UUGAUGGGCCGUAUUAUGGCGCCACCACCACCGACAGCUACGGGACAAGUUCUGAUCGGCCACUUCCCUCCCGCAGACCAGCCCACUAUUCAAGACCCAAGAGCAUAGAGCUUGUCACACCCAUGCUGGGGCGGUAGUCUCGCCGCUUGGCAGGCUUCUUCCGAGCCAUCUAAUUGGCUACAUGUCAUGUGAGCCUGGCAGGCGCAGAUAGCGUCUGUGCUUACAACCCUGCCAGUUCGAGCUCCUCACGAGUCAGCGGUUCCAGUCCAGACCGAAUUCAUCGUUUGCCUUCCCUUUAUCUCGAUGCGGGGGCUCCCCCGGGAGGACAGAAUGUUACCCUUCGCGUGGGGUACCUGCAGAACAACAGGCGGGACAGUGAAAGCCGCUUGGCUGUUGUCUGUUGCCAGCAUCAGUCGAAGGGCUUUCUGCUUUGUCGGUAUUACCCCACAUUCUCCCAGCGAUGGUCAUGGGCUAGGAUCAUAUCGAUUCGGCUGGGGUAGCUGGGGGUGGAUCUUUCGUUCAGUCAUUCCAUUUCGGUCGACACUAGCCCUCGGAGUUCUCGGCAGGCUAAUGGGAUGCGGGGUUUCGGACGGGCUAUUCGGACGACGCAACGGCAUGAUACGACUGCCCGAGAGACGAUCUUUUUCCACCGCAGGAUGGCGAUUGUCUCGCGUCUUUUUUCCUUUUGGUUUGUCCGAUCUCUUCUGAGAGAUUUUGAGUAAUUGUUGUCUGUCUUUGGUUUGGAAAAAAGUACUUUUUUUAGCAGGCAUGCUGUGAAGAUUAGACGGGAA